AUGCCUACGUUCACUAUCGGCCGACCACAACAGAUUUGUUCUCCUGUUUCCCGCACACAGCUACGGCGUUUGUAUGGCAGUGGGCUGCAUGUAGAAACACUUGACCUCCCCACCGACAGAGCUGAACUAGCAGUAUCAACGCAACGUGCACUCGAAGUGACAUCAGAAGGUACACCAGGCGCUGCCCCUGGACAAGAGCAGAAAGGACCGGCGGAUACCAAUGGGGAUAUUAGUGCAGUGAAGACAGACAAAGUGGCUUCUAAUCCCACAGUCUCCCAACCAAAGACCGAUGUGCUGGUUGUUGAUUUCGUGCCCACCGAUCCUGAUUGGAUAUUCGAUGCCAUGCGAUUGUUUAAAGUGCAGGUGGGUGUGUAG